GACUCGCUAACCCCCCCGCCCCCUCGUGCGCGGCGGCUCCCCUCGGCUGAGUGUCACGCUGCCCGAGCGCCGCGCUCCGCCUCAGACGGGCCUCGGUGGCGACCCUCAGUGCUGCCUGGUCCCCGUGCUGCCUCGGACGGGAUGUGAUGGUGUCCAAGGUGGACAUCAGUGUGUGCGCCAUGCAGCUGCCGGGGGCGGGCUCCCCCCUUACGCUCCGGCGUCGCAAGAAGUCCACGCUCAACCUGACGCGGCCCCUCAGCACCCUGCGCCACACCAUUCGCUCGUCGUUCCACUUCGACCUGCUCUCGUCGCCCACGUCGCCGGUGCGCCUCACGGAGUACUGCGAGUCGAGGAGCCCAACCAUCCCUGAGGACACGCAGCCCGUGUUCCCGUGCACAGCGCCCGUGGACGUCCCGCAGGACGGCUCCUCGUCGUCAGCCUCCAGCCAUGGCCAGAGCCUCACGCCCACGUCGCUCGACUCGCCCGUGCCGAUGCUGACAUCGUCGCAUUCGCUCAACUGCUCGACGCCGCUCCCGACGGGAGGUGACAGGGCUGAGGACGGCAUGUGGUCCUCCAUGAAGUCCCUCUCGAUCUCGCCGACCAAGUCAGACGACAUGGUGUCGCGCUCGAGAGCCCUCAGCUUCACCACGCUGCGGCGGCGGCGGAGCAGCAAGAUUCGCCAGACGCGCUCCACGGAGGUGUCGCGGAGGUCGUGGGAGCUGGAGGACUGGGAGAAGGACCUCCUGGUCGUGCCCGACCACGUGCUCUCGCGCCGCAACACCUAUGCCAAUGUCAGCCUCUCGUCGCUGUCGUCGACGGGGCCGCCGUCGCCCGCCGCUAAUGCAAUCCCCGAGGCGCCCAACGAUUCCAGGUUCUUCCACGAACUGUCCUACAAAAAUGCUUUGUCGACGAUGGAUGACGUUCUGGUGGACGGCCUCAACCUCAGCAAGGCGGAUCGCAAAAAACUCGAGAAAAUUAAUAAGAUUAAUAUCCAUCUUCACGCUCUCUUCGCAGCGGUGGAACACGGGCAGCUGGAAAAGGCCAGAAGCAUCCUCGACCACAACCAGCUGGACAUCAACAGCGUGAACAACGACGGAGCGAAUGUUCUAGACGUUGCCGUGAUGAACAACCACGUCGCUCUCGCAAAGAUGUUACAGCAAGCGGGCGCAAUGGAAAGCAAUGGAGGAGGCGUGGAGCGGCGUCUGCACCACCUGAACGAGCUGGUGGCGGUGGCGGAGCGUCGGAGGGAAGAGCUGAACUCGGCCCUGUCCGGAGGCGCCCACGGCAGGGAGACGGAGAGGCAGAGGGUGCUGUGGGACAGGCGAGUCAAGAUGCUACGGACCAUGAAGAUGGGACUCGAGCAGAUGAAGCCGCCCAACGCGCCCAGUGCCGCCACAGUCGAGGUUAUUGACAGCACGAGAGUAAAAGUGACCUUCAGAGAGCCAGAGUCACAGCACCUCGCCAUUACUACAAAAUUCAAGGUCGAGUGGAGUGUGGACGAGUGGGCGAGCGUCUCCGGGUGCCUCGAGAUCCACGACCUCCGCCGCAUGUCCGCCUUCAUCGACGGGCUCGCGCAGGGCCAGAGACACCACUUUCGCGUCCUGGCGGGAAACAUGAAGGACUUCGGGCCUCCUCUGCCCACGACGCCUCCUUCUGCCAUACCGUCGAGCUGGCGCGACGUGGACUCUCGCAAGCCCCGCCUGGACGGCCAAGUGGGGGACCUGGAUAACCUCUUCAACCAGGUGUGCAACUCGCGCCCGCAACACGCCGCCGAAAUCAAGGCCAUAGAACCCGGUCUGGAGACGCCCCUCAACCUCCGGAAGGCGCAGAAGAAGAAGAGCAUCAAGAACCUUUUCACGCCCGCGCCCAAGUUCCAUAGAAAUUUAAAAAGAGGUUCCUAUCUAGCGUGUUUAAUAUACUGCGAGGACAAAGUGCUCGUCACAACUGAAGAAUUUCCUCCGGUCGUCGAAGUCGAUGAUAAUUACAUGAGUCAAGCGAGAUCCCAUUUUCAUUGGCUUCUGAAGGUUGCGACGACGUGGGAAGAUGUCAAAUCGCUACGACAAGACAUGGAGCGAGCAGGGUCAGCCUCCACCGUGCCGUUUAGAAUUAAGUUACUUCAGGCUGCGGCGAACAUGCAGACGACCCUCGGCAUACAGGACUUGGGUCAGUUCCACCACAAGCCGAUCAAGGACAGCAACGGCACCUUAGUCUUCUGCACAAUCCGGCAUGUGAAGUCAACCAAGGCCGUCUCUGCCAUGAACGUCAAGUGGAUUCCGUUGGCUAAACUGAAGGAAAAGAAGAUCACAACUUCGGGACAAGGCCUACAGCCGGGCGAACCGGGCACGUUAGCGGGAGACUUGCUGCUCUCGUCCCUUCAAGAUCUCAUCCUGUACGACCAAGUGAGCCGAGUCCCCCUUCGCCGUGGACUGUACCUGGGCUACCUCAAACUACAGAGCUCCGUUGACCUGCUGCAGGUCUUGGUACCCGAGAAACAGCCGAAUAUGUUCCCCCAUAUCAAGAUCAGGGAUAAUCCGCAUGUUUCUAGGGAAGAGUGGGAGUGGGUGCGGAGUCUCGAACUCUCCAGUGGAGACCAGUGGCACUUAGCUGCACAGACAGAGCCAGCUGAGGGAGAGGAGGGGAGAACCUCCCCCCUGCCACUUGCCCCCUCGCCAGCUCAGCUCGUGUGGCACACCCAGCUGGGUCAAGCAGCACAGCAGCUGCUCAGUCAGCUCAAGGUGGAAGGCGAGGCGCAGCAACAGCACAGACUCUACUGCGGAGAGGUGCUGGAACUCAGCCCCGACGUGUCGCUCCUGCUGGUGAUGCCCCCCGUGGAUGCCGUGUGCUCGGCCCCGGGGCAGGAAGACGCCAUCAUGUCCCAGCCCUCGCUGACCACCAUCCCCCUCCAGAUCUUCGAGAUGAUCCACAUGGGCACGUACCAGAGGGAACUCAUCGGGAGAUACGCGCGCCUCUCCUAUAUCCUGGAAAUGGACACGCUGAUGGCGCAGCACGCCAGCCGGGAGGCCUUCAGCCAGGACGAGGUGAACUGCUCGCGGGAUCGGCUGUGGCAGCUGCAGACCUUCCAGGAGCAGUUAGACGUCAUAUGGCGGGGCCUGAGAUGGGUCAUGGACGCGAUAACCUACGCUAGAGAUAAAGCGGCAUCUGGUGCUCUCCUGACGACCUUGCUGUCGUGUCCCUCCCCCAGGUCCCCGUGCAUCACUCACCCUCCAGCAGUACAACAGUCGCCCUCACACCUGCCUGCUGCUAAGUCAUCCUCGCAGGACACCCACAGCUCGAGCGAGUCCCUCCAGCACGGGGCAGACAGCAAAAGACUCAGAAAAGAUGACGACCUCAACUUCAGCAUAAAGAAAUCCGAUGCUCCUAGAAUGCUGAAGUCAAAUACCUCAGAAAACAUUAGAGCAGCAGUGAAAUGCGAUUCAAGGUUUCACAAGUCAAAGACAGCUGAGUGCUUAGUUCAUAGUAGUGGGUGUGUACAGAGUUGCGGAAAGUCAUUCACUUCUCUGAAUGACUGCAUGUUAGACAGUGAGGAGCAGAAUGAAAAUGUGCCCCUUCUCUCGUGGAACGGUGAAAAGUUGCAGUUUAGUGGUGAGAGGAAGAUGUACAGUAAAGACCUCCCUACUUCUAGAAGUGAAAACCAUUUACAACACUGUGUAGACCCUGGUUACCCUCCUAGAAAGGCCUAGUGCUCUGCGUUUUACGAUACUCACGAGGGAUGCCUCAAAUCUAAGUGCUGUAAUAGUGAACCAAAAAUCAAUCACCAGAGCUCGUCGUCUUUAGAAUCGGUCGAACAAGGUAAGAGAAAGAAAAACAGUUGUGCGAGCAUCGAGUACGAGGAGACGAUGGCCAGCAGUAAGUCCCCCACGAGCAGUUGUUACGACCUCCACCAGCGGUACGGGAGUAACUUAAAUGUUGAAAUCCAGAGAGCAGGCAGUAGUCUCAGUCACGAUUCCGAAGCCUCUUUCUCAAGUAUGACGGCCAGUUUACGUUCAUUGUCCUCAAACGAAACGGAAACAGACACCCUGAGUCUCAUGAGCAAAGAAAGUGGGAGGAGUGAGGCGAGUGAAGCGAAGAGCACAGAGGGCGAGGAGCUGGUGGAGGGCGCUGUGCGAAGCGAAGAACCAGCCAUCAUACAGGUAUACGCCGCGUACGAGACCGGGUUGGCCUCUGGCACCUCGGUCAAGCUACAUAUCACGCCUAGAACGACCGCUCGGGAAGUGAUAGACUUGGUGGUGAAACAGCUGAACAUGGCGGUAGUGUUGAAGGGGCGGGGCGGACCCAUUUAUGGUAAUGAAAGGCUCAAAGACUUCUGUUUAGUGGCUGUGAUUGGUAUACGGGAAAGGUGUCUUCGAGACGACUUCAGGCCACUCCAGCUGCAGAAUCCCUGGAAAAGAGGAAAGUUAUACGUGCGGCUGAAACACGAUGUGCUCGCCGCCCUGGAGCAAAGUAAUUCAAGACACUCCGCUUAUCUCUAGAACCCGACUUCACUGUACAUUCCACUGUACAUGCAUACACGCAUUGCCAUUCUAUCCUUCAGACACUUAUUUAUAUUCAGGAAGGCCAUACUCCUUCAUUAGAAAAAUCAUACUUCACAUUAUUCCUAAUGAACAUACGUGGAAGAAAUAAAAAAAAAAGCUGAAUUAGUCUAUAGCUACAACAAUGUCGAAUAGUCCAAUAGGUAAACACGAUAGAUGUUUUGUGCAAGUUGAUUUCGAUAUGCUUCCUUUGAUCGAAGAGUAUUUAUUAAGUAUCAUUUCACUCCGCCGUCUUCAGGAGACUCUCAUUCACGUGUUUCUAGCCCCCUCCCCCCUUAAAUAAAAAGAAGAACAGCAGGAUAUGUCCGAGAGAAACUAAUCAAGUGCAUAGUUUCUGUCACUCCUUGGGUCUAGCCGAGGGCCACAUACCUCAUAGAGAACAGUCAGUAUCAGAAUGCAAAGAAACAUUCAUGUCAGGUAUAGCUCAUGCACACGUAAAUGUAGGUGGCAAUAGAUCAUGUAUUGCAUAAUGCAGGAAAUCUGUUGUUUUCAUUCCACAGUAAAUUAUAACAUUUAAAAAAAAGGAUACGUAAGACAUUUUGUAAGACAUUCAGUUAACGAAGAGCACAAAUAAUAUUUAACCCACUAAGUACUAGGAGCUAGUUGUACAUUGCGCAAAAAUAACGUGAAUAGUGGGACUUAACUAGAUUUAUGCUUCUUUGGAGUCCUCAGAGUAAGUGGAAAUCAUUAAGACAAAAAAUUAGAUAAACGUUAUAAAGUAUUUCUGAUAAACUGAUGCUCAAUAUGUGAACCCUGUUGUCGUUUCAGUAUAUAAGUUAUUUUCAUAUAGAAUGACACUUUCAUGAGUUGUUUCUUAGACAUGUAAUGAAAUCUGCCAUGGUUUUCGAGGCGCAAAAGGCCGAGCAUUUGGUAAUUUCGAACUGAACAACGAUUUUGCUAUCCAAGGAAUGAGUUUGAUUUCGAACAUCGAGACGCAUCAAAAUUGAGACUAUAUACAAAAGAAAGUGUAAUUACUUGUGUUCAACUCCCUUCGUUUUUAUUAGUGAUUAUAUCUUUGUAUUGUUAAUCAUUAUUUAUUAUUUUUAUUCAUCAUCAUCCCAGUGAUUUUUUUCAGUCCAAGAUAUGAAUUGUGAGUGAACGAGAAUUCCCACAAAAAAUAUUAUAAGGAAACCAGUGUGUUUUGUCUUUUUUUUUCAGUCAUGUUUAGAAACGUGUUAUGUUCGUCAUCCAAGUUGUUGGUUUGAUGUACAGAAGACAGUAUACCAUUAUUUCGGGUGUUGUGUAAGCUUCAUUGUAUGUUUCAUCAUUGUAUUGAUGCAUUAAUACCAUUUUGUAAUUUCUAUCCAGUGGUGGAACUAGGUACUUCUUAAAGAAAACGAAACUGUUUCAAAUAUUGAUACUAUUUUGAUCAUAAAAUGUUAUUGAUGAUUUGAGAGUAGAUAAUCUCAAAUCGAUAUUAUUUUUCCCCUUUUUUAUGUUAACAACACCUGACGGAAAACAAAUAUUUAUCACAGCUGGAACUCGGAGAAAAAAACUCUACUGACUUUACACUGCAUUAUGAUUUUUUCUCUCUCUCUCUCUCUCUCUCUCUCUCUCUCUCUCUCUCUCUCUCUCUCUCUCUCUCUCUCUCUCUCUCUCUCACUCUCUCACUCUCUCACUCUCUCUCUCUCUCUCUCUCUCUCUCUCUCUCUCUCUCUCUCUCUCUCUCUCUCUCUCUCUCUCUCUCUCUCUCUCUCUCUCUCUCUCUCUCUAGGAAUAACCGCGUAUUACACAUGCAUAUUAAACCAAUUAUCCAAACUUAUCUUGUUCAAAUGAAAGAAAAAAACUGUUGAGACACAGUGGAGUCAACCAAUUAACUUCCAGUGACCGGGUUUUACUUGCGACUUUUUCGUUAUUUCAUUAACAUUAUUAAUGAUAACCACUCUGAACAAAAUCGUCCCCAGUGACUUAUACAUAAUGAAGGAGUUUUUGACAUCUCUUCUUCAACACUUUUUUUUUCUCCAUUCUUCCUUUGCCUUCUUUUACUUUUCUUUCUCUCUCUUUCUCUUAAAAUACGGCACCUAUACCCUACUGUACACUCAACUAUAGAAUUGGCAAAAUCACACGCCCAUUCCAUAUCAUCAGUUAAUAUAAAUAGUGUGGCAAGACGAAAAUGAAAUAUUAAUAAUUAAAAAAAAAGGGAAGAGGAAGAAGAAGAGAAUGAAUUUAUACUUGUGGAGUUUUAACUGUAUUUAUAUAUAUUGUACAAACGGAUUAUUUUAGUAGAUUAACUAUUUAAAUGUGAUGUUAAGUGGACCAAAGCCUUUUAGCCAGCGCUCCCUUGGCUUUCACUGCACAUAAUCUGAAUAUGUUGUCAGCUAGAGACGAAGAAGAAGAAAAGGAAGAAGCAAUUUAAAAAAAAAGAAGGAAGGAACGAAGUGCUGUUAUAUUAUUUGCAAUGUUGUGUAAAUUAUACAUAUGUACCUUGUAUAUGGCAUACCAAAUUAUGUAAAUAUUAAAUAGUACAAGUAUAUUUGAUGUUCAAAUAAAAUAAUUUAUCUGA